AUGUCGAAGAUCUUCGAAGAAUACCAGGAAAGGGGGUCGGUCGACGCAUUGAAUGCCAGUCUCAGCGCCGUUUACACCAGACUCGAGCAAAUUCGUAGAUCAGCCGGCCACUGUCCGGAUGAAAUCCUUGCGCUAAAGAACGAAGUCACCGAUCUGAAAGUCCUUCUCCCGGACAUUGUCGGCACAGGUAAUACUGAUGAUGUCGAACAUGGUCAGCGGCAUCGCCCGCUUCCUGCCAUCUCAAGAAUCCUCGUCCAUCUCGAAGAAAUUCUUCCCCGCAUCGAUGAGGCGGCUCAAGGGUAUCUCAGCGCGUUGGGGCACCCGACAUCGUUGCUAGGCCGUGCGACGAAAGCACAUCGUCGUCAAAAGUUGUGUGAGCUCGCAUUCCUCCUGCAACAAAUUCGCCCGCUACGGGAGGAGCUGAGAAAAGCCAUCGCCUCUGCUUCCGGACUUGUCAGAGUCGACCUGGCCCUUCUCGACAUUUCGCAAGCGACGAGAGCCGCAAGGGUUGCAAACGAAAGGAUGCAGGCCGACACCGCUCAAGCUGGACUGUGCAAGACACGAGAAAUGAAUCAAUCAUUCGUAUCUGGAGACAAGGGCCCGCACCAUAACACAUGGAAAGAGGUCAGAUCCGCCAACGCAACCGUCAAUAAACGGGUUACCUCUUGGGUUGAGUUGUCGCCGAACAUGGCGUUCCACAUGAACGCCAUCAACACUCGGGAAUCAUCAAUCUCUCAGAUCGGCGUGACAGUCUCUCGCUUCGGCCGAGGCUCCUGCAAAACAUGGUGUAGCUGCGUGUGUCACCAGAAAUACUCCCUCAACACGCCCAAGAUAUUCCAAGGCAUCUUCGGAAGCCUCUUCUUGGGUUACUCUGGCCUACCCCUAGGCCGACAAAAAUGCUCAAAGGCAUCCUGUAUCCGCAACACCACCUUUAGUGUCAAAGCCACCUACCACUUCCCCUCCUGGUACUUCUCCCGCGCCGUCUCCCUCGGCAUCGUCAACAGCCUCUCCGAAAUGUCCAUUCAUAUUUCAAUACGCCCCGUAGUCCAACGCUCCGAACUCUUCAUCUUCGCCGCCCAAGGUAAUGUGCUCGCCGCGCAGGACAUACUCUCAAAGAAGCUCGCCCAUCCUAAUGAGGUGCACACAAAUUUCGGGAACACAGCUCUACACUAUGCCAUCGACUUCGGCCACCCCGAAAUCUGCGACCUCCUCCUCCAUGCCGGCGCCGACCCGACGAUCGAAAACGCCGUAGGCAGCUCCGCCGUGGACAGAGCAUGGACCGUCAUUCUCACACAACCCGACAGCUCCCCCCUUGCAGAGAACUUCAAACGGCUCUUCGGCUCAGGCGAUGUAGUCGAAGAAAUGGGUUUCUCCGUUGUCCACAAAUCCCUCCUCGGCCUCCUUCGCAUCGAACUUCAGGAACUCCUCGAGUCUUCCAGAGCGGAGGUCGACGCCGUGGACCACGAGAAUCGAACUGCUCUAUCAUGGGCUGCUCAGCGGGGUGACGCGAAGAUUGUAGGCCAGUUACUGCGUCAUGAUGCCGAUCCGAACAUCUGCUCGAAACUCAAAGCAUCUCCAUUGCACUAUGCGUUACGAAGCAAAUCCCCUGAAUGUGUGCGCUUGCUCGUUAAUGCUCAAGCAUCCGUUUCUUACUGCGACUGGGGCGGCUGGCCCCCCGUGCACACCGCGGCAAUGAAUCAAGAUGAUCCCGCUUAUAUGAUCGCCUUGAUCGAUGGCGGCGCGGACGUGAAUGCUGUUCUACCUCCAGGCGCAUCUGGUCGAGGAAAAACAGCGCUGCACCGCGCCGCUUUGAGUAAUCGAGCGCAGAUGGCGACCUGUCUACUGGAUCAUGGCGCGCGUAUUGAUCAACAGAGUAUAGGUGGCUCGACCCCGCUAAUUGAGGCGAUUGAUUACGAGAGCGUGGAUGUUAUUGGGGUGUUGAUGGGAAGGGGGGCGGAUUACACCAUAAGUGAUGACGUGGGGCAGUCGAUUUUACAUCGUGUUGCGUCCAAGGGGAGUAUGAAGACGUUGAAGGUGUUUUUGGAUGAGGGGUUCGAUUUGUCGAAACUGGAUCCUGGGGCAAGGGAUGUGUUUGGAUAUACGGCACAAGAUAUUUUACACGGGGUAAGGAGUGUUGCUCUGGGUGAAGAGUUUAUCAGAACUAUGGAAGACUGGAUUGCGGCGCUGAAGCAGGGAAACAAACAAUCUCCCCACGAGAAAGAAACCGAACGAUCCUCGGAUUCAAGCAGCGACGAUGAGUUCUUUGAAGCCGAAGAGACGUCGGCAAUAUGA